AAUACCCAGGUUAAGAAACCAAAUCCAUGAACAUAACAGUCUUUUCCAAAGACUUGUCAAUAUAAACCCAAGUCUAGGGCUUUUCUCUCAAACCAGAAAUUCGCUACAGAAGCAGCCGCUACCCUGCGCUCUGCUCCGACCCUCGUGUUCUCUUAGCCAAGGCCUGAUCAGAAUGGAUUCCCAAAUUAAGCAUGCCGUGGUGGUGAAAGUUAUGGGAAGGACAGGAUCAAGAGGUCAGGUGACUCAAGUGAGAGUCAAGUUUUUGGAUGAUCAGAACCGUUACAUUAUGAGGAACGUGAAGGGACCGGUCAGGGAGGGAGAUAUUCUCACCCUGCUCGAGUCUGAAAGAGAAGCAAGGAGACUUCGUUGAUUAUCCUUUUAUCUUGCGUGACAUUGUUAUCGAUGUUUUGUGGUAUUAGCUAGUUUUUUAUUUUCUGCUGAGUUUUGUUUUUACUUUUGAAAGUGGCCAAUCUCAUACCUAGACUUGGAUUUUGGUGAGAAUGGUUUUACAUGGAUGAUUUGUCCUAAAUCUUUAAUUAUGUUGUUGAAUGAACUAAGUUGGUUUUGAGAUUAUGAUUUUUGCCUCCUA